AUGUCGAGCGAUUCGCGAUGGAAGCGAAAGCUCGCGCUCUACGCGGUCACCGCCGGGGCGGGAUACUACGUGUAUCAGCGCGUGUCUACGUCCGAGCGCAUGAAACAGCUCGCGCACGCGACGCUCGGGUACGCCACCGCCGCGAUCGCGGCGUCGGAGACGGUCUCGCGCGUCGCCGUCGACGUGAGCAAUUUCCUCGUGAACGAGGACGAGGACGCGCCCGUGCCGACGACGCUUCGGAACGCCGCGCGUCUGCUCGACACCCCCGAGCUCGAGGCGAUGGCCGCGCGCGUCACCGCGGGCGUCGCGCGCGGCGUCGCGGCGGCGACGUCCUCGGGGCGAGCCGCCGCCGCCGGCGACGCCGCGGGGGGCGGAUCCGACGGCGACGCGGACGCGGCGCCGAGCGCGAUGGAACGGAUCCUCGACAAGAUCCUCGACUCCAGAAACUGGGGCCUCGUCUCCGUCCUCGUCGCGUCCACGACGCGCCAGACGUUGGAGGCGAUCAUCGAGGUCGUGAAGCAGCAGAUGCGCGACUCCAACGCGGGCGGCGAGGAGGACGGCGCGAACCGCGGGAGCGGCGCGAGCGACGUGAUGAACGACGCGUUGGAUAAGCUGUUGAGGAUGGCGUCCAGCGAGGAGGGCAAGGGCGUGCUGUUGGACCUGUGCUCGUGCUUCGUCUCGAACGCGGUCGGGAUUUAUCUGGACCGGACGCAAGGGUCGAACGUGUUCGAUGACUUCUUCGGCGCCGCCGCGCGAGCCGCGGGCGCGGAGGACACGCGGGACGUGAUUCAAGACAUCGCGGGACGCGUCACCGGCGAAGCCGUGCGGACGAUGGUGGAGGUGGUGUCGCCGGCGACGUUCGAUCCGGGCGCCUCGGCGGGGAUGAUGAUGACGUCCGCGCAGCGACGCGACGCGCGGACGCGGGAGAGCGCGCGACGGCGCGCGGGGGGCAUCGAGCGCGACAUGCCGACGCCAGUGUUCUCGGGGUUCGACGUCGUCGGCGGGUCCGGCGGGGUCGGCGGCGGGGGAGGGUCGGCGUCGACGGCGGCGGCGCCGCCGCGCGUCGCCGCCGCGUCGAGCCUCGGACGCACCCCCGACGCGGCGACGUCCACGCCCGGUCCCGACGCGACGAUGGACGUCGCGACGAUGGACGAGUCGUCCCCGUCAUCCGACGGCAGCGCCGCCGCGAUCGUGUGCGACGACGCGCGAGGGAGGUACCGGGAGAGGGACCCCGCGGCGGCGGGGGCGGCGGCGGCGGCGUUUACCAACGCGAUGCUCAAGGGAGUGUUCCCGCACGCGUUCAGACUGAUCGUCGCCCCGGAGAGCCGGGCGCUGAUCACCGACGUCGCGGGGACGUGCGUCGCGUCCGCGGUCAGGUCGUUCGUGUUGUCGCUGCGCGACGUCGUGUUCAUGGUCGGCGCGGGGAAAGGCCCCCGGGGGACGGGCGUCGUCGUCGUACGGGCGUUUAGAGUCGCCGUCCUCGCCGUCGUCGUCGCGUACCUGCUGACCGCGCUGCAGGCGGCGUACCUCGUGUUAACGCCCAUGGUUGGGGGGUUACUCGCGCGUGGUGGUUUAGCCGUGGCAGCGUGGCGCGAGUGA